GUUUUUCACAAUGUUUCUUUUUAUAGACUUAUGAUGGCAUGAAUUGUAAUUCAAAAGGCGAUCUGCUGCUGUGUCCUUACGAAACCAUUUAACAUCAAUGCUAUUAUCAUUCCCAUUACGGGUCAAUGUAGUGUCAAGAAAAUUGAUCUUCUUAUUCUCUUCGUAUUCCAAAGUGAAUUUUAUAGUUCCUUUUUUUUCCGUUCAACUUCUCAACGUAGUCUUCCAAUUCAUUUUUACUCAUUUUUGUUAGAAUCAGGACAUCAUCCACGUAUCUAAAGAACUUUGAUGAUGCAUUUACUUCAUGCAGAUUUUUCUUAAUGUAAUCAUCCAUGUACAGAUCACUAAGUAAAGGUGAAAGACAAUUACCCAUGGCAAGUCCUGACUUCUGCUUGAAAAAUCUUUUGCUGAAUUCAAAAUAACUGUUCGAUAAGGCAAUUUGUAUCAUUUUCUUAACAUCUGAUUUCGUAAAAGAACAGUUCUUGAAAGCUGUCGACUGGUCUAAUCUGUUUAUAAUAAUAUCAAUAGCUCGUGUUACUGGAAUAUUAUUGAACAUGUCAGACACAUCUAAGCUAGCUAAUCUUUCGUCAGAUUCCAACUUCACUUUUGUUAUUCUUUCAACAAAAAUUUUGGUGUUUAAAAUACUAUUAUCGAUAACUGAUCUUAAUUCUUUGAUGAGUGAGAAAGCGAGCUGAGAGAGUGGUGAGGUGAUGGUAUUUCGACUACAUGUUAUUAUUCUCAUCGCUUGAUCAGGUUUAUGUAACUUGGGUUGACCUCUAACAUAGGGUAAAUCAUCAAUAGACGUAAGGUUUUUAUGUUGACCUUGACUGAUUUUGUUAUUUUCAAAUAAUUUCUGACUGAAAGAUGAAAUCACCUUUAUUUUCUCAGUUGGAUUACUAACUUCGGUGUAGAUUCUCGUAUCUUCAAGCUUUUCUUCAAUUUUAGAUAUAUAAUCGUCCUUGUUUAAUAUCACUAUCUUGCCACCUUUAUCUGCAGAAAUUAUCACUAUGUCCUCGACGUUUUUAAGUUCUUUCAACAUUUUCUGUUCAAACGGUGUUAAAUUAUUCCUUUUUGGUCUUUUCCAUUUUUGAACAAAUUCAGAGAUUUCAGAAAUUGCUAGCUGUUUCACAAUUUUUGGAGUUGAGUAGACGGAUGUUUCCACAUUACUAAUAAUAUCAACUAGGUCAAUCGUUUUGGGAGUAGGCACAAACUUAAGACCUUUUUCUAAUACUUUUAAUUGUUGUUCAGAGAAAGUUUUGUUCGAAUUAUUCACAACGUAAGAAUUUUUCUUAUUUCGUAUAUUAUCCAAAAUGUUGCCGUUAUUUAAAGAUUUAGCGCACCUUGAACGACGUAUCGGUUGAUUAAGUAAGUAGGCAAGUUUCUUAUCGUGUUUUGAUUUUGAAAUUUCUCUAAUCAUAUCUAAGCAAUCUACCCAAUCGCCUUUCUUUUUUAAAACGAUAAUAGCAUUCUAAUCUAAUUUAACAGUGACACAAACAUUUAAGAACCGAGUCAUGAUGAACACAGUUAGAAAAUAUCGACUUUGUAUGAGAAAAAUAUCUUGAUGCUGAAUGGAAUUGGAACAUGAAAUACCUUUUACUCACUGUAAUCGAAUGAAUAUUUUAUUCUUUUAAACACACAUGAGUCAGGCACUUUAACUCGCUCUGUUUCUUAUUCUGAUGAAAGUGAAACAAACCCAAAAAUGGUAUGUUAUCUUUUCAUUCAAUACCUUUGUAAAUUGAAUUUCUGCAUCUAUUUACAUAACUGGAACAGACGAUAUUCUCAAUGACUUAUUCUUAUCACAACGGUGAAAACAAGUGACGCUAAUGAAAUAUUUUUAAAGAUUUGUCGUCAGGGUUCACUCUCGAAAGCAACAAUGCCGAGCAUACUCAAAGAAGUCAAAAAUAUAGCAAAUCAAUUUUCCAGAAAAACUUAUUGUUGUGAGUUUCUCUGCUAAUGGGUAGCGACCGUAAACUAUGCGAAAAUCCAAACUGUAAAAAUUUUCAUGUAAUCAAUCUAGACACUCUAGCAGUAUUUGAUGGCGACAUGCAUUUUUUUCUUAAAACUGUUGUUGCUCAGAACAUUCAAGAGAUCGAUCAUUAUUCAAAUAAAAACUUCCAUUUUUGAUAAUGAUAUUGUCGAUUCUGCGAGAUAUCGAGAGUUACUAAAACGGCAACAGAAUCGUCCGUUUAUUAGUCUAAUCGUUCACCUGGGAAACGGACUGUUGCUCGCGAGGACAGUUGCUCGCGGACAGUUGCUCGUAUGGACUGAUGCUCGUUUGGACAGAUCCUCAUCGGACACUUGCUCACCGAAUACUUUAAAUAAGAACAAUAACGUAGUUUAUGAAAUGUAUUCAAACUAAUUAAUCAACCAAUCGACAACUUAGUGUUAUAUAGGAACCCUAAAAUUGUUUAUAAAACAGGUUCAAACUAAUUAUUUCUUAUAUUGAAUAAUUUUUGUACACUUAGUAUAAUAUCUGCGGAAUUUUGGGAAGAGUACAAAUUACAAAGAAUUUUUAGACAAGGUACCAUAACCUUAUAUUCACCGUUCAAAAUGUCUAUCACUGUUUCUUAAACGUCUAAAAACGCUCCGUUACUUCUUUACAAUGGUUUUUCAUAUAUUGUCGAUCGAAAGAAUGAAGAAAAAAUUUAUUGGAAAUGUGAAUUUCAAAAAAAAUUUUCAUGUCAUGCACGUCUUCAUACAGAUUUAAACAAUGUUAUCAUUAAAGUGGUUGGUGAACACGAAAAUCAUGCUGGCAAUCCACGUUCAGAAUAGUAAGAAAAUUUUAUGAAAAUUUAAAACAAGAAACUGCACAUAACCAUACAAAUCCACACAAUAUUUUGACACAAAAUUAUAUUGGUGUUCCCGACGAGAUUCGCGUAAUCUUACCUACUAACGCAAAUUUGAAACGAGAUAUUCGUCGAUGGCGUCAAGAUGAUAACCCCACUACAAUUCCAACAGAUAAAAAUUUUAAAUCCAUUCCAGACAAAUAUCAGAGAACAACGCGUGGUACAGGUUUUUUACGCAAAGACACUGGUCCUAGUGAAGAUCACAUACUCUACGACUUCAUGACAGCUAUUGGACGUUUACUGUCGCUAUAA